AUGGCUGCUAUCACGCGAGCCGUAGGUAAUCAGCAACACGUCUUAAAGAGCGUACCCCAAAACGACUUCAAAUACUUCCAAGACACGUCCAGUAACCUCAAAACCUCGCCUUACACCCGUGCAGCAGACGACGCGUUUCCAGAUCACUCCAUGUUCACCUACAAGUACUUCAAGGACCAUUUACUUUCCUUCGCUCAGAAAAAUUGUCUCGCUUCCUCUCAUGAAACGAGUAUUAAGAGACUCCCUACGCCGCCUAUGUCCCGGACGAUUCUGCCAUCGUGGGAAAGACAGAUUGGGAAUUGGAUGUUGGCGAAGUCCAGAGGGUGCAUGCUUUCUAGUCAGAUUGACAAGUCAUCUGACAUCUUCUCCUUUGGGAUUGUCGUAAGUCUCCGUUGUCUGACUUACGGUCUUUUUCCCUCUUGCCAACGUGCUGAAAAAAAAUACAGUGUAUCUACUACGCCCUGGCUUAAACGAGUUAUUUUCGCCGUUGCGGACGAAGAACGCAAGGAGGGGGGCGAGGAUAAGCUUGCUAUAGUUCUCGAGAGGCAAUUAUCUUACUUCUCUGAUCUAGACAGCCCUUGGGCCCAAAUAUUUACUGCCAUCGCAGAGGACUUCAACAAAGAGUUUCCUCAGGAGUUGUUCGCAUCGUGGAAAGAUAUUGAGCGGGAAUUCAAGAACUUAGUCGGGAACACGACGAGGAUUGAUUUGAAGAGGCGGAUCGCAGUCUAUGAUGCUUUGUCACAUCGUUGGUUUGUAGAUGUAGUGUGA